ACACACACACACACACACACACACACACACACACACACACACACACACACACACACACACAUUUUUUACUUUUAUUUAAAUGUAUGUGAGUAAACAAUGAUUGUGUCCUGCAGUGAAAGAAAAGAAAGCAGAUCUUCUGAAUCAAAGGGGGAUCAAAAGGAAGGCGAGAUUCAAGUGUGUCUGACAGCAGCUGUUUUUGUCUGUUCUGUGUUCUAGGAGGCAGAAACACGUCACUCAAAAUAAUCAUUUGAGCAUGAGAAAUGCUUUGUUAACGGGUGACUUGCUCUCAGCUGGAUUUCAAUGGAAACGGGACAUCGCACGGGGGGCCUGACAGACUGGUUUUCGCGCUCCAUCCGUGAUGACCGCAUUUCUUAAGGGCAGCGCGAGCACGCGUGCAUCGAUGCGCACGCUCACUCCCGUUUGAGUCAUUCGGUAAAAGCAGGACGUGUCGAGCUCUUCCCGUUCCUUUCCGCCAGAGAAAAAGGACCAGUGUGGAAAUGAGUGAAAAUUCAUAGCAUCGUGUGAACAAUCAGAGAAUCCAUAUUUUAAAAGCAAAUAGCGAAUAGCGUGCUGACAGAGUCUACACACACGGAACGGUAACAGAGGCAGCGAACGAGGCUUUGAAACGUGCGCGAGAUACCUGCAUCCAGAUACAGUAGCUGGAUCGGUGAUAUGAGCGUGGACCAGGGCAGAUUUGAAGGAAUGCUCCGCAACAGAAACGGCGCGAUGAGCGUCAUGACCAGCUCCACCGGUCAGUCACAGUGCGUCGUGCAGCCCCCCGGUGGCCGGAGCCGCGGAGACGCGCGCCAUCCGCAGCACGCGCCUCAUCAGAGUGGUUCGGUAGUAAAACCGCAAAACGAGCCGGCGGAACUGGUGAAACGCGCGCUGGACUUCAAGACGCAGGGCACGCAGUGUUACAAGGAUAAAAAAUACCGAGAGGCCAUCGGGAAGUACCAUCGCGCGCUGCUGGAAAUGAAGGGUCUCUGUCGCGUGCUAGGGGACCCUGACACCAGCAAGUCCCCGUCCACCGUCCUGACGAGCAUCAGCAAGUCCAGCCUGACAGACGAGCAGAAAGGCGCGGUGGAGAACGCGGAGCUGGAGUGCUACAACAGCCUGGCAGCAUGUCUGUUGCAGAUGGAGCUGGUAAAUUAUGAACGAGUGAAAGAAUACUGUCUGAAGGUUCUGAGAAAGGAGGGCGAAAAUUUUAAAGCUCUGUACCGCUCUGGUGUGGCGUAUUAUCACCUGGGAGACUUCAACAAAGCCUUGCACUACCUGAAAGAGUCGCACAAACAACAGCCCACAGACACUAAUGUCAUCCGCUACAUUCAGCUCACGGAAAUGAAGAUUCGCAGGAAUGCCCAAAGAGAGAAAUCUGAAGUUCCGUAAACAACUCCUGCUUUAACAGCUUUCCACUGCGCGGACACCUCACACUCCCCUCAUCGCACAUUUUGUGGACGAGGUUUGGCAUUUCAUGGAAGACUUGAUUCCAAUGAGGGCAACACACCUGUCUCAGCUGACUUCCUGUCAAAAAUGGUCUUUGAAUCAGACUGAAGAGCUGAAUCAGGUGUGCUGUGCCCUGCAGUAGACCGUGGAGACCAGGUAUAGAGACCACAAAUGCCAUUUAUUAUACUUUUUGAAGUAUUAAUCAUUUGUGGUAUAAAAAGUUUUGGGUUUUAUUGUUGGCGGGGGGGAUUUCAAAGGGUGAUUUUGGUCUUAUAUUGUGCCCCACAAAACACGCUUUGUGGAUCUUUUUGUGGCUGAUGUAACAUAUUUUCCAUUUGAAUGCAGCUUUUUUUAUUUGCAUAUUGCUUUUGGAUCAUAACUCUGUUUUUAUUAUUGAGAAAACUGCCAACUGAACACAUGAAGCUCCUUUAUUGAAGUGCAAUUAAGUGUCACUACCAGUAAACAUGAUGGCAACAUUGAUAGUACACAACCUACUCUUCUCUUAACACCCAUUUUCAAAUCGCAGUAGGAAAGAUCUGACAUUCACUCAGUGGGUUUAUGUGUACAGACAAACAUUUACACACGUACAGUGGACUUAAAGGAAUAUUCCAAGUUGAAUACAAGCAAGUUCAGUUGACCGCAUUUGUGGCAUAAUGUUGAUUUCUUAAAAAGAAGAAUAUACAAUCGGGGUUAGACUGAAGCAUUUACAAUGGAAGUGAAUGGGGCCAAUCUUUUGAGGGUUUAAAUGCAGAAAUGUGAAGCUUAUAAGUUUAUAAAAGCACUUACCUUAAUUCUUCUGUUAUUUAUGGUUUAAAGUGUUAUGUCGUCACAGCAACCAACUGCAACUUCACAAUUAAAUCAUGUUAUUCCAAAUAUUAUUCGCGUCUUGUGGCUAUACCUUUAAAACAGUGAGUCUUGGAACAUUUGUUGGUGGCCCCAUUCACUUCCAUUGUAAGUGCCUCACUGUAACCCAGAUUUGAAAAGGAGGGGGAAAUCAAAAUUAAUUUGUAUGGUAAUCCACAUUGUGCUACAAAUGCCGUUUAUUGAGCUUAACUUGUAUUGAACCCGGAAUAUUCCUUUAAAGAGUGCAAGCAUGUGAAUCAAGCACAGUCUCUCACCCACACAAAAGCAUGUAGGAGUAAAAUAAACUGUGAUCCUUGUUAUGUUUAGGAGUGCGUGUUUUUUGUUUGUGCUGUGAUAUAUCAGUGAUUCUUUUUUAGCAUUGUGUGUAAUCUGAUAAAAAAUUAUUAGUUACUGUACUCUUAUUACUUUUUAGUAAAAAAGGCGUUUAACACUAUAUUUUGAAUUCUUAUUAAAGUAAAUUACUAAAUAAUAUUUAUGUAAAACAUCUUUAAAACAUAAAUUAUGUUUACAUGUACGUCUGUUUGCGUUUCUUUGUCAGAAAAGUGUUUGACUUGCGUGCGACAAUGAACCAGGAGGAAAUAUGGACGUUGAGCAGAACAACAAAAUAUUUUCUGUAAAGUGUUUUAGAAAGUUACUUAAAAGUAAAGUCAUUAGUAAUUUGAUUACUUUUUCCAAUUUAAUAAUUGAUAAAGUAAUCUUUUUACAAACUUAGGGAAAUAAUUAGUCAUUUGAAUAACUUAACAACACUCUUCUUUUUGAUAGUAAGGAGUGUACAAGUACUCAUUUGGUGACUAAUAGAUUUUACUUGAUGGUCUCUUAAAAAAAUGACCUUUUAUAUAAUAGGUUUUGACAGAGAAAGUACUUCAUCUGUUUUGUCUUUAAUAUUUCAUUUAAUAUUUCUCUACUCUACACAGCUUAUUAUGGGUUUUAUUUGAAGCUAUACAGCAGGUACAAAUAGUCCAAUUCAGUGCUAGUUGCUAUGGUGAGGUUCCAUGGAAAUCAUCCUUGGAGACAGAUGGGUUGAUGUCCUAGACAUGCUGGCUUUGAAACAGCUAGACACACAUCUCUGUAAUGUAGAAAAAUGAAAGCUUAAACUGUUGAAUGCAUCUAACUGUCAUUUAAAAUGCUGCUCUUGAUGAGUAAGCAUUUACUUAUUGUGUUAAAUUUGUAGUUAUGUGGGGCAUUGAGGCUAACUUUAUCACAGAGCUCAAAUUGAAUAAAUAAAAUGUAAUGUUUACGGAAGUGACACAGAUGGAAAAUCUCAUUUCAAAAAUAGUAAACAAUACACACCUCCAAAAAAUGUGAAUCCAGGUGCAUGACCAAAAAAACUAAAUAUACAUAUAUAUACUGUAUAUACAGCAUGUAUCAAUAAAAACAUGCAUCAAAUUUG